UUAAACACACAGAUAACGGAUUUAAGAAAAAAGAAAUAAAUGAAAAUGUUACUUUGAAUCAUAUUUCUAUACAUAUUCUACAAAUUGUAUAUAUCCCCAACAGAAGUGGUUAUCCGACAGAGGAAGUGACGUCAUAUCCACCAAUAUGGCGAGUUAUACAUUUCUAAUGGACGUCGGCAAUGCUACGCUCACGGAGUCAGAGGUUGCCUCCAUGGUAAAACUUUCUGUAACCGGAAGUGGAUUUUCAUUGGUCGGAACCAUGCUGUCCCUUUGUCUUAUAUGUUUUUUGCCAGUCACAUCCGAUGGGAUGUUCAUUCUGAUCAAUUUGAAUAUUUCGCUCAUUGGAGCACAGCUAGCACUGAUCGGAGCGGAAAAUUCAUUUGAGAGCAGACUUGUGUGUAGAACAGCCACGGCCGUCAUCCAUUACUUCUUUCUGACGCUCCAGUUCUGCUCGCUCUCCUUUGGACUUCAUCUCCUGUCAAAGCUGAGAUCGGUGACCAUUCUGGAGCGGUUCCACAGGCGGGUGGUGGUGCUGGCGGUGUGUUGGGUGCCCGCUAUGGUGGUGGUCGGUCUGACAGCAACCCUGAGGGGCGACAGCUACGGAUCGGGGUCUCUCUGCUGGUUGACCCCUGAGCAGGGAACCCGAUGGGCCUUUGUUGGCCCCACUCUGGCCAUACAACUAGUGAAUCUCAGCAUAUUUGGAUUAAUCAUGGCCACGAGAUUUGCAAUGGACGUCAAACGAGAUUACAAACUUCGGCGUGUUUUAAAGAAUCAGUUGUUGACCGCUGUGUCUCUGGUUCCGGUCCUUGGGCUAAUGUGGACUCUGGGUUUGGCCACCACCUUUGGCGUCGCCAAGUCUGUCCAGUACAUGUUUGUGGCCUUCUGUUCCACACAGGGUAUGUGUAUAUUUCUUGGUCACGUGAUGACCAAUGGUCACGUGAGAAAGUUGCUAUGCGUCAAGAUGAAGCCUGAGAAUGAUAAUGAAGAGGAAGCUUCCAUAACUAACGGCAUCAGCAAUGACGUCACAAACGUGUCCCAGAUUUCUGAAAUGGUGGAAUUGCCAAGAGGUGGUGUAAGUUCUGGUGAGAAAGACAAGGAGAAAGAGAGAAGCCAGUCUAUAGCGGAGACACAGGUCACCUCCCGGAACCUGCUGAAUGUCCCCGAGGGAAAAUGUCGGCUCCGCACCCCACGGCAUAGUCUAAAGUAAAUGUCUCUCAGCAUAUAGUCUAAAGUAACAUACCCUCGACAAAGUCUAAAGUAAUAUACCCUUGGUAUUGUCUUAAACGGGCAUGGUCACGAUUUUGGUCAAAAUUUAUUUUGACCAAAGUAAAAGAUUUUUACUGGUAUAUUGAACGUAUGUAAACAAGCACAUGGCACGAGCGUUGUUUACAUGACAAAUAAUUGUGAGCCCUGUAUCUUACUUAUAACUCUGCGACUGACUCUUAAAUUUCAAUUUAUUAUUAGAAAUGCACCCCUUAAGCAUUGUAAAUAAUAAAAACAGAUAAAAAUUGACUAAAAUCGUGACCAUGCCCCUUUAAGUGAAUAUAUACCUCUCAGCAUAAUCUAAAGUAAAUACCGACCGCCGUAUUCUAAUGUUAAUACAUCCCGACAUACUGGUAAGUAAAAUACCAACAGCAUGGCCUAAAGUAACACGCCUAUGGCAUAGUCAAUAGUGAUGUUCCCCGGCAUAGUCUACAGUUACAUUCCCGACAUAGUCCAAAGUACCGUUCCCGGCAUAGUCUUAAGUAACAUACCCUGGCAUAGUCUUAAGUAACAUACCCUAGCAUAGUCUAAAGUAACAAACCCUGGCAUAGUCUUAAGUAACACACUUCGGCAAAGUAUAAAGUAAAAUACCUCUCUGCAUAGUCUUAAGUAACAUACCCCAGCAAAGUCCUAAGUGAUAUACCCCGGCAUAGUCUGAAUAAGUAACAUAUCCCCGGCAGAGUCUUAAGUAACAUACCCCAGGCAUAGUCCAAAGUCACAUUCCCGACAUUGUGUAAAGUAGCAUACUCCUAGCAUAGUCUAAAGUAACAUACUCUAGCAUAGUCUAAAGUAACAUACCCUAGCAUAGUCUUAAGUAACAUACCCAAGUCUAAAGUUACAUUCCCGUCAAAGUAUACAUACUCCCAGCAUAGUCUGAAGAAACAUACAUCUGAUGUUCUCUAAAGACACUUACCUCUACAAAGUCUAAAGUAACAAAACUUCUAGCAAAUUUAAAGUCUUAAGUACAUGUACAUGUGACAAUCCCUCUGCAUAUAUAGUCAAUUAAAGUCAAGGAACAUAUCUCUGCUAAUUCGGGGCUAAAUUCAACUCACCGAUAUCCUUUUUUUUAUAUGGGGAGAAAUUGGAGAGGUAAAGACCGCUGAAUUUUCUGUACAGCAUUUCUUGGGAGAACUGUUCCUCUGAUUGAGCGUAGAUUGUACAAUCAAUGAAGAUUCACACAUUUUAUUCUAUAAACAAUAUGUACGUGAAUAUCAAAUAUUUUGAGUUGUUUUAUGUAUACUCCUUGCGUCUUUUCUAUCUAACAUUCAUGACUGUAGAUCGAAAUCUUCGUGCGCGGAUCUAGAGAGGGGUGGGGAAAACUCAAACUCCCCCUGGAAAUUUCAAAUAAAUGAAAUUUACAUUGAGAAUAAUUAGCGAAAUAGGCCCCUGACUGCCCCCUCCUCCCCCGGCCAAAACAAUUAUCCCUCCCCCCCCCCUCCCCCCGGAAAAAUAUGUCUAGAUCUGCGCAUGAUCUAUAUAAAUUUUCGACUAUGAGAAUUGUUUUGAUUAGAAAUGUACUGAUAUAAUAAUGACAUUUCUGCCAUGAUGAUAUUGUAAAACAUGUUGUGAAGUGUAAUCGAGAGAAUACUGUUAACCGUUUAUACAUUGAUCUUUUAAUACAUGUAUGUGCUUUUUGGAUAUUUGUAAAUACUGUUAUAUUGAAUGGUUCUCUUUUAAAGAAAUUUAAUAUUUUGAACAUAGAGUGUGUGUAUAUUUGUGUGUUAUAAAUGUAACCUUCUUUGUCAUUGCAUUUUAUAUUGUGUAGAUAAUUUUUUUCUAUCAAUAUCCUAAUGAGACAAUACAAGCGAGAAACUGCAAUCGUACAUGCAAUUAUGAAACGAUGCCAAGUAAAACUAGGCUCGGAAAAUGGAAGUUUUACGAUUACUGGUCAAUUAUAGAAUAUUUAGUGACAUAACUUUUUUCUGAUUUAUUUGGCCUGUGUGUUUUUUCGAAUGUGUAUAAGAUGCCAAUGGAUAUAUUGUGUUCAAAAUAAAUAAUAAAUACAAUAUACAAUAAAAUUGAAGAAAAAAAAGCGGGUCCUUUUAAAUGUUUGAGUUUAUUACACGUGUAUUUGUUUUUGUUAAUAAACGAAGAUAUAUGGAAUUUUGUCAUAAAUUUUGAAAAUAAAAUCAUAAAAAUAAAUCAGGCAUAGUUAGUUUCUUUAUAA